AUUACAAAUUAGAUGGACAGUUCGACCCUGGUGGACCUUGUUAUCAGAAUGAGCACCGUCUUGAAAAUGGGAAUUUUCUCUCUAAACAAUUCCGUGAUUAUAAUGCUUCCCCCGGCGUAAAACGAAAGAAACUGCCACUGGAUGAAUACGUCGUAGAAAUCAAGAUUCAGAGAAGCCUGCCUGAUAAAAAUAGCAAACAAAACCUAGUUCAUAAUAGUAAACACCAAGAAGACUCCUUUACACCUGUCACUAUGGAACAUCCUUGGACAACCAUGGAUAUGAUGACAAUUAUAAAUCUUGAUUUGAAUUUACAAAUUCAUUUUCCAAUUUCAAGGUUAAAUACCAUUAAAAAUUCUAUUUAUGUUAUUAUUCGUAUCACUAUCAAUCACUUAGCCUUAACAGAAUUAAAUUAA